AUGAUUAGAGGUCUCAAUUCAGUGAUGAAAAGACUAUUAAUGACCAAGUCUCAUCUCGAAACCCCUUUCUACGGCAAAGUUGUACAAGGCAGCAAGUUCACUUCAGAAUACGCACAAUAUUUAAAACUACCUAAUGGCGAGGUAGGUUCAUACUUUCAUGACAUUCCGAUAGAUAUCGAUCAUAAAAAGCACACUGUCAACAUGGUUGUAGAAGUACCUCGUUGGUCGAAUGCCAAAUUCGAGAUUUCGAGGGAUCGGGCUUUCAACCCUAUAGUACAGGACAACAAGAACGGGAAAGUACGCUUUGUAGACAACGUAUUCCCCGCUCAUGGUUUCAUACAUAAUUAUGGCGCGAUUCCACAGACUUGGGAAGACCCGACCGUCGUGAGUGCCCAUGAGGGCGUUACUGGAAUCAAGGGCGACAACGAUCCUUUGGACUGCUGCGAGAUUGGUUCCGCUGUGCUUUCCAUGGGAGACAUAAAAAAAGUCAAGGUUCUAGGCUCAUUGGCGCUUAUUGAUCAAGGAGAACUGGACUGGAAAGUGCUGGUCAUAGAUGUUAACGAUCCCCUAGCCACAAAAGUGGGAAAUCUGAACGAUGUCGAAACAUAUUUUCCCAAACUUCUGGGGUCCACUCGUAGCUGGUUUCGCAAUUAUAAAAUACCUACCGGUAGACCUGCCAAUGAAUUCGCGUUUAACGGUCAAUACAAAAGUGUGCAAGAGACCUUAGAGGUGAUUGAAGAAUGCCAUGCUUCCUGGGUCAAACUCCUUGAAGAAGAUUUGACCGAUAAGAAAUUACCACAGCGCCAAAGAGCUGGUGGUGGGGUAGUGUUUCACCCUAACGAGCUACCCGACGCUCCCAUUCCACCAGAAGUUGGAAGAUGGCAUUACCUAAAAGAAAAUUAA